GCUGGGAGUAUAGCCCUGCAAUAGAGCACUUGCCCAGCAUGCCUGAGGCCCUGGGUUCAAUUUCUAGUAGAGGGCAGAGGGAAGGCAAGAUGUUAGAAUGUAACCUUAGUGUCAUGAGUAAUAGCGCAGUUUACCUGAAAAUGAAGCCUUAGGCUUAAGAGGAAAAUGAGUAAUUUGAGAUGGUUUAGUGAAUGUUGGAUUGCAGCCACUUUUAGUCAUGGAAUAUUAUUGCUGUCCAUGUAGACACAAUGUGCAAGUGUGCGUAUGCUUAACUGCCAAGGCAUUUGAGCCAGAAAUGCGACAUCUGUCACAUUUGUUGGAAGCCAAACCAAGUAGGCAUUUAGAGAGCACUGAGAGAAUUUUGUAUUUUGUACAUGCUGUCAGAAGCAACAGGGGGAAAUGCAUUAGGAAGAGGAAGUGUACAUACUAAUCAGUCAAAAUAGUGCAUGCCCGAAGUGGCUGCAGGGUUCCUCAGCAUAGGCACUGCUGCUUGGGCUGGUUUGCUCUUUGCUUGCCAGAGGCUGUCUCAUGCGUUCCCGGGCCACCAUGUGAUGAGCAGCAUUCUGGGGCCACCAUAGCACCCCUGGCCCAGUUGCAACAACUGAAAAUGUCUUCAGACAUUGCCAGAUGUCCCCUGCGGGGCGACAUCUCUCCUGCUUGUGAACCACAAAGACAUGUGAUGCUUAUUCACUCCCCUUCUUCUUUUGAAACUACUUAUAAAUCCCAGUACACACGCACACACAUGCACACCCACGUACAUCUAGACCUACCUCCAGGACAGCCCCUAGUCAAAAGAAGAUAUUUUAUCCCUGUGUAUACGCCCUCCAAGUGUGCCCCUGGGAUUUUCUGCUAUCACCUGUGGUCAACAGUUACAUGUGUAGUCACUAAUAAAACAUAUUUCUCAGGAUUCCUGCACUUGUGCGGUUCCUUCCUACAUCGAGUCUGGUUUUGACCGUGUGACUUCUUCAGCCAUCGAGACACUAGCAUGGUAAACAGCAGAGGUGUGAUAAACACGCACACUUUCAGGCAUGUCCCCCAGCAGGGACAGCGAACCUUUUGGAGCUCUCAGUGAUAACAAACAGCCCACUGCAGUGCAUGUGCCGCAGGUUCGCCACCCUGUCCUACAGUAACAUUCCUUUCUUAGACACUGGCAUUGUGUGAGAAGCUCAGGCCAGAGCACAAAGGUUAGAGCCACUGGAGAGGCACUGGCCAAUGUGAAGCCACAGUGGAUAUUCUGACCCAGCUGAGCUACAGCUAAACAAGCCUGAGAAAUUCGGCUGCACUGUGUGGAGCAGAGCUGCUCAGCUGAGCCCCAUUAACGCACAGACCUGUGAGAGACAGGAGAUCACUGAUGUGCGAAGCCAGUGUUCUGAGUUAGUUUAUUACAGCAGAGACAACUGAAGCCCUAUCAAACGUCAGAGCUGAGGACAGGGAGUAAGCAGCACAGCUGGAGCUGGCUCAUUCCAGCUCCCAAGAGCCAAAUGCUAAUUUUCAGGGAUUUUCUGCAAAGUUUGACAAGAAUUAAACACAGCUGCUAUUAAAAAUUAAAUUACAGGGCCAGGGAUUUAGCUCAGUGGUUCUGCCGCCUGCCUCAAAAGUGCAAGGUCCUGAGUUCAAUCCCUGGUACCAAAAAAAAAAGAAUUACAUUACAUAAAACUUGCAUUAAAAGAAGUUAUAAAGGGUAGUAAAUGCUUCUAAUUAUUGUUCUACAUUUUACUAUUCAUUAUGUUUUUGGGGUUAUUGGUAUCUAUUGCAUCUGUACAGUACACACAUUAUAUGAUGGUGUCCUUUUGCUCAACUCAAUCCAGUGCUUCAUUCAGUGAUGUCACAUUGAUAACUGGAAAUUGGCCACGGUAGAAGUGUUUACACCACAGAAAUCACCAAAUGAUACCCACAGGGGUGUCCAGGCUCGUGUCUAGGCAAACCCCCAAAGCCUCUUUCAGUCCUAGGGGAGCUUUUCAGAGAUGACUGGAACUAGGGUGUGUAAACUGGGGUUAAGUGUGUGAUGCUGGGAUUUAGGGUGUGUGAUUCCUAAUUAGUUCACUGAUUGGCUUGGCAUAGCUCUGGGUCAGAUUAAGGCUGCCCCAUCUUGGGUGUGAGUGCUACCCCCCCCAAGGAUAAGAUAUAAGGGACAGAGAGGGUCAUUGCUUGUUGCUUGCUGCUUGUUGCUUGUUGCUUUGCUUCUUUUACCAUCUUGCUGCCUUCUGCCUACCAUGGACUGUUUCUCCUUUUCGAUGUGCCACUCUGCCUUCCAGCCAGCCAACUAUGGAGUGAAUCCUCUACCAACUGUGAGCUAAAUACAGGACAUAGAAAUCCUUUAACUUUGGGUGUUGGAUAUUUUGUCUCAGCAAUGAGGAAAGUGAGUAAGCAUGGGCUCUUCUUGGCCCCAAGAGCCAGUUGUUAAACAUGCACAGCCCAGCCCUGCUGCUCUCCUGGAAGUUGGAUUAAGAAGCGCUUCAGUGACAGCCAGCACUGAAGACUUCCAGUUGCCAGGCACUGUUCUGAACUCUGCACAGCUCUGAGGUUGGCACUAUCAUUAUCCUGGUUUUAUAGAUGAAGCGAUCAAUACACAGAGAAGUCCAGUAUUUUGCCCAACAGUAGAGUAAUUGUGAGCAGUAGGGUCAAAGAAUGCAGGCAUUUUGGGCCUCGUGCCUUUGCGUAUAUUACCCAAACCAUUCCUCAGGGUACAAGAUCUGACAAGGGCAAUCGUACUGACAGGAAAAACCGAGCAGAAAAUCUGAAAGAGGAGCUCUGUGUUCACAAUACCCAUGAGCCAGAGGUUUCUAUUUAAUGCAAAAUCAGAUCAGAGCCUUUAUAGGAUUCAAAAACAAAAAGCAAGCAAGACUAAAGAAUAAACCACAAUAAAGUGACAAGCAGCUAACACACACCUGGCCCAGAGGCCCAGUCCAUUUUGGGCCCACUGCCCCACCCCCACACAUUCAUACAGCUUUCCGCAGGUUAGGCAGGUGGCCCAGUGCCAGGCCUCGAGUUCACUAGCAGAGCAGCUUCUAAGACUGAUAGGUUAAUCCAACAGCCUAUUGUGCACCCCUGAGCAUACCUGUCCUUCCUUCCUUCCUUCCAUUUUUGGCCGUGCUGUGGACUGAACCCAGGGCCUUCACAAUGACCUUCUACAUCCCCACCCCUUUAAUUUUUUUUUUUUUUUAAUUUUGGGACAGGGUCUCAUUGGGUCUUAUCUUUCUUUCCUCACCGAGAUACUUCAGUAUUCCUCAAAUGCACUAAAACAAUAAAAACAACAAUACUCUGGAAAGGUGGUUUUUACUGCUGCAGAAGGCCACACAGAUGAGACAGACAGAAGAGCCAGCUGUGAUGUGCCAAAGUUUGCCGAGAAGGAGCCUGCGAGAUGAUGAAGUCUCCCAGAUAUUCUCUGGGAACUGCCCUCAAAAGAAAAGAUGGAAAGCCUGUUUGAAUAUUGGUAACAACUCAGGAGUAUAGAGGAUCAAACCAAGAGCCUCAAGCAUGCUAGAAUUAUAGUGAACAUCAUUCAUACCACUUUUGAUUACCGUCCAAAAGUUGUGCGAUUUUUGAAUGUGGCUUUUGAUGGCUCAGGAGAUUGUUUAAUAGCUGGGGACCAUCAAGGAAAUAUUUAUGUUUUUGAUUUGCAUGGAAACAGGUUUAAUCUUGUUCAGCGGACAGCACAAGCUUGCACAGCUCUGGCCUUUAAUCUUCACAAAAAGUCUGAAUUCCUUGUGGCAUUAGCUGAUUAUUCUGUAAAAUGUUUUGAUACAGUCACCAAGGAGCUGGUUAGCUGGAUGAGAGGACAUGAAUCAUCAGUAUUCUCAAUAUCUGUGCAUGCCUCAGGGAGAUACGCCAUCACUACUUCUUCUGAUACAGCACAACUAUGGGACUUGGAUACCUUUCAGAGAAAAAGAAAACUGAAUAUUCGCCAGUCUGUGGGUAUACAGAAGGUUUUCUUCCUACCUUUAAAUAAUACCAUUCUCAGCUGUUUUAAAGAUAAUUCCAUCUUUGCCUGGGAGUGUGAUACUCUUUUUUGUAAAUAUCAAUUGCCGGCUCCACCUGAAAGCUCUAGUAUAUUAUACAAAGUGUUUGCUGUGACCAGAGAUGGCCGCCUCCUGGCUGCUGGAGGCAAAUCAGACCAUCUUCAUGUGUGGUGCUUAGAAGCUACACAGCUGGUCAGAAUUAUCCAGUUGCCCACUAAAGUCAGAGCCAUUCGACAGCUGGAAUUUCUUCCUGAUAGUUUUGAUGCUGGUUCGAAUCAGGUUCUUAGCGUGCUAAGUCAAGAUGGUAUUAUGAGAUUUGUCAACAUACAGACUUGUAAACUUCUCUUUGAAAUUGGGAGCCUUGAUGAAGGAAUCAGCUCAUCAGUAAUUAGCCCACAUGGACGCUACAUUGCAUCUAUUAUGGAAAAUGGAAGCCUGAACAUAUACUCAGUUCAAGCUUUAACACACGAAAUAAAUAAGCCUCCUCCUCCUUUAGUGAAAGUAAUUGAAGAUUUGCCUAACAAUAAACUGAGUUCCAGUGAUCUUAAGAUGAAAAUAACAUCAGGAAGAGUGCAGCAGCCAGCAAAAUCUAGAGAGGGCAAAAUUCAGACUCGAAUAUUAAAACAAGACCUAGCUGGUAAUUUUGAAAAUAAAGAGAAUGAGUUGUCAGAUGGAUUAAACAAAAAGCGCUUACAAAUCUUAUUAAAAGGCUAUGGUGAAUAUCCAAUGAAGUACAGGAUGUUUAUUUGGCGCUCUCUGCUACAACUGCCUGAAAAUCAUACUGCAUUUAGUAGCCUAAUAGAUAAAGGUACUCAUGUGGCAUUUCUCAACCUUCAGAAGAAAUAUCCCAUUAAAAGUAGGAAACUACUCAGAGUAUUGCAGAGGACCCUGUCUGCUUUAGCUCACUGGUCUGCCAUCUUUAGUGACACACCAUAUCUUCCUCUCUUGGCAUUUCCAUUUGUAAAAUUAUUCCAGAAUAACCAGCUUAUCUGUUUUGAAGUUGUUGCUACUCUCAUAAUUAAUUGGUGUCAAUACUGGUUUGAAUACUUUCCUAAUCCUCCUAUCAAUAUUCUUAGUAUGAUAGAAAAUGUUCUGGCAUUUCAUGACAAGGAAUUACUACAGCACUUCGUAGAUCAUGAUGUAACUUCCCAGCUGUAUGCGUGGCCUCUUCUUGAAACUGUGUUCUCAGAAGUACUGACAAGAGAAGAAUGGCUCAAAUUAUUUGAUAACGUUUUUUCCAACCACCCUUCCUUCCUUCUGAUGACUGUGGUAGCCUACAACAUAUGUUCUAGAGCGCCUUUGCUCCACUGUACGCUUAAGGGUGAUUUUCAGUAUUUCUUUCACCAUCGGAAUAACCUGGAUAUAAAUGUUGUGAUUAGAGAAGUUUAUCAUCUCAUGGAGAUCACACCUGCUAACAUUCAUCCAGAAAGUGAACUAGAAGUUUUUGUUGCACUGACAAAAGGGCAGUAUCCAGUAUUUAAUCAAUAUCCAAAGUUUAUCGUGGACUAUCAGACACAGGAACGAGAAAGAAUAAGGAAUGAUGAAUUGGAUUACUUGAGAGAGAGGCAGACAGUUGAAGACAUGCAAGCUGAAGUAGACCAGCAAAGAGUUGAAGAUGAAGCUUGGUACCAGAAACAAGAACUGCUUCGUAAAGCUGAGGAAACAAGAAGAGAAAUGCUUUUACAAGAGGAAGAGAAGAUGGCCAAGCAGAGACAGAGACUAGCUGCUGUGAAAAGAGAGCUGAAAAUAAAGGAAAUACAAUUACAGGAUGCUGCUAGGAGGCGUUUUCUAAAGCUUCAUCAAGAUCAACGUGAGAUGGAACUACGAAGACUGGAUGAUGAAAUUGAGAGAAAGGUACAAAUGAGAGAUCGAGAAAUUGCUAGCACAGCCAAAGACUUGGAAAUGAGACAUCUGGAACUUGAUAUACGAAAAAGACUUUAUGAGAAGAAUCUUACUAAAAAUCAAGAAGCUGUUGUAAAAGAAAUUCAAGAAGAUGCAGAUGCCUAUAGACAAAAAGUGGAUCUUGAAGAUCACAUGUUUCAUAAGCUGAUAGAAACUGACCAAACUCAGAGCAGAAAGACUCAGAAGAUAAUUGAAGACAGUUUGGCAAAAGCUGAACAAGCAUCCCUAAAUACUGACUGGAAAAUUCAAACUUUACAUAAACAACACUGUGAUGAUCUCCAUCGAAGUGCAGGUUACCAGGAAGUAGCAGCACUCCUUCAGAAAAACAGAAAGAAAGAAACAGAGGUAUUAAAUGCAAUGAUGGAGGAGGAAGCUAAGAAGUGGAAGGAAACUGAAGAAAAAGAAUUUCAUUUGAGAUCAGAAAAAAAAGCUUCUGCCCUUUCGGAUGCAUCUAGAAAGUGGUUUCUAAAGAAGGAGAUGAGUGCUGCUUUAGAACAUGCUGAAGAUCCAUUUAUUCAAGCAGAAGCACACCGGCUGCGAAGUGAACAGGCUGCCUCUAGCUGUCUCCCCAGAACCUCACAGUUCAGUGGCAUGUCUGAACUGGCCCCCUCUGCACAGGUUUCUUUAAGUCGAAAAACAGAAUGGGACAGCAGGGAACCGGAUCUCAUCCAGAAGGUGAGAAACCUUCGCCAGAGACUCACCGCUCAGGCGCGUGAAAGGUGCCAGGCCCCCAGACUGCUGGCUGCGUAGAAGGCGCGUCCCCGUGGGGGACUCAGAGAGACAGGGCGUGCCUGUCUGCAAUCAGUGACUCCGAUUUUUAUGUACACCCCUGUGAAGACAGCCUUUUGUAUAGGAAAACAUUUCCACAAAAUUACGUGUUCUAUUCUUACACAUUUUAGCUUGCAAGUAGCUUGAAUGGUUCACAAUAAAAGUUUUUUGGAAACUUAAA